AUGUCCUCAGGUGUUAGAGGACAUGAAGCAGUAUCAAAAUAUUAUAUAGAUUGUUUAGAGAAAUGGUUUCAAUCAGAUGUUUGUGGAUUUCUUAAUACUAUUUUGAACAUUCAAGAUAAAAAUGAUGAUACUGCAUUGUGUAUUGCUGCAAGAGUAGGGAAUAAUGAAUUGGCUGAGAAAUUGGUUAUGAUGGGUGCAAAUGCUGAUAUUCAAAAUAAGCUUGGAUUGAAACCUUCUGAUUUUGUUUUUAGUCAACAAGAUGGUGAUGAUGAAAGCAUUGAAGAUUCAAAGGAAGAUAUGGAUGUAGAUAUGAUUCAAGAAAAUGUAUCUGAUUUCUUUAUUCAACCAUUUACAUCAUUUGUUAAUAAUCAUAGAAAAUCUAGAGAGGUUGUUUUAGCAUUACAAAAACUUGUGGAAGAUGCAGAGAAUGAAUGGGUGGUACAGCUUAGAGUUAAAGAGGAUGAAUUAUUUAAUGCUCAAAAAGAAUAUUUAAAGUUUCUGAAACAAGUAAUUAAUGAAGUAGAAGAAGAUAAUAAUGUUGAUGUAUAUUCUAUGCAUAGGAAAUGUAGAGUAAAUCUUGAAGAUAAUGCAUCAUUAUUAAGGAAGCCUAAUAAUAUUGCACCAUUAUCACAAGUUUUAUCACCUGAAUCUACCACUACCACCAUCACUAAUAAUUAG